AUGAGCUAUAACAGGCAGAAUCAAGAUGACUCAGAUGAUUUUCUGGUGCUGCGUAUCUUUCAAGCAAUCGGGAUGAGUGUUUUUAUUCUCACCGGAAUUCCUGGUAAUUUUUUGGUUUGUUAUUUAGUGCGGCGAACUCGUCGCCUUCGAACGGUUACAAAUCUGAUAAUCAGCAACUUGGCAGUAGCAGAUCUUGGGAUGUGCCUCUUUAAUAUUCCUGUUUCCUUGGUAACUGUCAUUCUCGACAAGUUUGCGCUGACCGAUGUUGUGUGUCGUAUUGCAGGCUUCACGAACGCAUUGUUCCUUUUCGAAGCUCUCUGGUCGCUCGCCCUUGUCAGUAUAUCAAGAUACUGGUGUAUUGUAGAGCCAGGAAAAUUUUCCUCAAUUUUCACCAGACGUAGAACUAUGGCUAUGAUAACUGCAACAUGGGUUUUGUCGCUCUUAUGCUCACUUCCGCCGCUAUUCGGCUGGUCUUUUUACGGUUUCAUUGUUGGAAAAUCUACGUGUUACUUCAAACUUAGCCAAAACCUUCCCUACACGAUAACGUUAGCCGUUGUGGUAUUUAUUUUGCCGUACAUUUUGAUAACAGUUCCUUAUUACAGAACAUUUCGGUUCAUACGAGGACAUAGUCGAACAAUGAGCAUACGUGGUGUAUCGUCAAGUCUUAGAAAGACACACCGCCCCACUUUCCAAGAUUUUAAAGUAACAAAGCUCCUUCUCGUCGUAGUUUGCGUAUUUGUAGCAUGCUUGACUCCUCACAUUGUUGUCAAUUUGCUGAACGGUUUCGGCAUAAUUCAAUCAAUCCCGCGGAUCCUCGACGCCAUAACCACUUUUCUUACGUUUCUCUCUAGCUCUUGCAACCCCUUUAUCUACGGACUUAUGAAUAAAAAAUUCCGCAAAGGAUUCCGCGCGGUUCUUUGUGCGCCGUGUCAAAAAUGCGCCAAGGUGAAGCAGUCAAAACUUGAGCGAAGAAUCAGCAGGGAAACCACCAGAAACUUAAGUUCACGAUCCAGGAGUAGCCAUAGAAGAGAGUGGAGAAUUGUGACCGAGGCAGGGCCGCCGAUAAUUUAUGAAUCAAGUGUAUAG